GUUGAUAUAGUUGACAGAGGUUGAGCAAAGAGAAGGGGGCAGAGUAGGGUUUUAAUCUUCACCAAUCCUUUACCCUCUUCAACGUACAAUCCGAGCUUGAGAGAGAGAAACAGAAACAAAAUCAGAAACCCUUCUUUUUUCUUCUUCUCUUCGUUAUUUCUUCUUUCAAUUUUCGCAGUACUAACCCUAGUUUCCUUGAACUCUCACUUGGAAACCCUAGCUGCUUCAGCUAUGCCUCAUUUAUGCUGAAUUCGCCACUAUGUGGCUGCCAUUUCAGUUCACAACAGUAAGGGUUGUGUUGUGAUGGGUUCUAGUGGUGGUUGUGGUGUCACUAUUCUCCUUCUUUUCUGUUUGUGGGGCGUUUUUUUCUCCCUAUCUUCUGCUGCUAGACUCAGUGUUUCAAGGCAGAAGCUUGAGGUUGCUAAGCACUUGAAUCGCUUGAACAAGUCUCCUGUUAAGACCAUUCAGAGUCCAGAUGGGGAUACGAUAGACUGUGUGCCUGUUUCGAAGCAGCCAGCAUUUGAUCAUCCAUUCCUCAAAGAUCACAAGAUUCAGACAAGACCUUCUUUCCACCCUGAAGGGCUUUUUGAUGAGAACAAGGUAUCUGAAAAUCCCAAAGCAAAAGUUCAUAUCCCCAUUAGUCAGGCGUGGCAUGCGAAUGGUAGAUGCCCUGAGGACACAAUACCCGUCAGAAGAACAAAAGAGGAGGAUGUUCUGAGAGCAAGUUCAGUGAGAAGGUAUGGUAGGAAGAAGCACAGAGCAAUUCCUAAGCCUAGGUCUGCAGAGCCUGAUCUAAUUAACCAGAGUGGUCAUCAGCAUGCAAUAGCAUAUGUUGAAGGAGACAAGUAUUAUGGAGCCAAAGCCACUAUAAAUGUGUGGGAACCCAAGAUACAAAAACCUAACGAGUUCAGUUUGUCUCAGCUGUGGAUAUUAGGAGGCUCAUUUGGUCAAGAUCUCAAUAGCAUUGAAGCUGGCUGGCAGGUUAGCCCAGAUUUAUAUGGUGACAACAACACACGGUUAUUCACCUACUGGACUAGUGAUGCAUAUCAAGCAACUGGCUGCUACAAUCUUCUCUGCUCGGGGUUUAUUCAAGUGAAUAGUGAAAUAGCAAUGGGUGCAACUAUUACCCCAGUUUCUGGAUACCGAAACUCUCAGUAUGAUAUCAGUAUACUUAUCUGGAAGGAUCCAAAAGAGGGACACUGGUGGAUGCAAUUUGGGAAUGACUAUGUGUUGGGGUAUUGGCCUUCUUUCCUCUUCUCAUAUUUGGUUGACAGUGCUUCCAUGAUAGAGUGGGGAGGUGAAGUUGUUAAUUCUGAGCCUGAUGGUCAACACACUUCAACUCAAAUGGGAAGUGGCCAUUUUCCUGAAGAGGGGUUUGGCAAAGCAAGUUACUUCAGAAAUAUUCAAGUGGUUGAUAGCUCCAACAAUCUCAAGGCACCCAAAGGCCUUGGCACCUUCACUGAGCAAUCAAACUGCUAUGAUGUUCAAACAGGCAGUAAUGGGGAUUGGGGUCACUACUUUUACUAUGGUGGCCCUGGUAAAAACCCUAAUUGUUAAUGAGUAAUGAUGUGGUGAAAAAAAAAAUGAAAAAAGGAAAAGUUGCAGCCUAUUGUAUCAUUCAAUCCUAGUAUUAAAGCUCUUCUCUUCUCUCCUACCAUCUUGUAUACCCUUUUCUGUAGUGGCAGUUCGGUUCCAAUCUUGAAUUGUGAGAGCCGGCCGUUUGUAAUUUUUUUUCGUGGGAAAUCACUGGGGCCUUACGAGCUUGUUGCUUCCUUGUAUUGAAUGCUUUGCAAUUCUUUUAAGUAAUUUUGUUGGAAUCCACGGGAAGA